AUGCAACAUGUGCUACGAUUCUUUGUUACCAUUUGUAUAAUAUUUCUAGGUUUAUAUCUGAUAAAAUGGAGAGUAAUUGCGAAAAAUGCAAACGUAUCAAUAUUGUUGGUAACAGCUAUUCCACCUUCAUCGUGUAAAGGUCCUCAUGGAGAUUUCGUCAAUAUUCAAUCUAUCAAAAACAAAUUACAAUAUUGUCAAAUGAAAGGAUUUUCAUUUCAUUUCAACAUGUUUAAAGUUGAUCCAUUAUUGACCGGUGCAUGGAACAAAAUAGCAUUGUUACUUUAUAUACUAGAAAAUAAUUUAAAUUAUGAUUGGAUUCUAUGGUUUGAUAUUGAUACAUUAAUACUUGAUAUGAAUUUUGAUAUCCCUUUUCAUGAUUACAUAUCAUAUGAUCUUAUUUUAUAUGGUGAUCAUUAUAAAUUAUACAACGAAACGGAUUCUUUAUUGGGAAUAAAUAGUGGUGUUAUGUUCAUACGAAAUAAUGAAUGGUCAAGAAAUUUGAUGAAACAAGUCUUGGAUUUAGGUAAAUAUGGAGAAGAAAAAAUGAAAUCAACUCUGAAAAAUUAUAGACGACAUUUAGUCGAUCAAAAUGCAUUUGCUACUUUAUUGCACGAAGAUAUAACAUUUCGACGUAGAGUCUUUUUUGAACAAAAAUUUGGCAUAAAUUAUUACUGGGAAGAAGCAAAGAAACUGCAAGAAUGGCGUCCUUUCGUUUUACACUUUGCGGGAUGUGAAUUUUGUGAUGGUAUUUAUAAACAAGAAAAAGAAAAGUGUUUUCCCUAUUGGAACAAAUAUUUUCCGAAUUCAACUGAACAUUUUUCUAAAGGAUUAAUUUAA